AUGAAAGACAACCUCGAUCCAGAAACCGAGUUACGAGAUACAGACUUUAGCAUCCCCGGCACUGCAGCCACCUUCGCAGGACUUACCACCCUAGACGAAACCCUAGCCAGCUUCGACCCGGAACAGUAUCGCAUUAACGGGGAGUUCAUUUCGCUCCUCCGUCGGUGUUUUUCGCGGUAUGCCACGUCCGCGGAGCCUUCGGCUGUGGGGAAGGACUUUGUUGAGUGCUUGCGAUAUCGGAAGCCUUUUCCGUUGUUGAUUCUUAUGCAUUGGGGCGGGGGUGGUGUUGCUUGGGGAGUUGGAUGGGCGGAUGUGAUGGGCUAG